AUGGACGUGGCGCUCCUCAGCACGACCGACGACGAGCUCGAACUUACCGAUGACGAGGUUCCGAGCAAGCUGCGGCAGGGAACUGCGCGCUCUCUCUCUCCUGGUCCUCUGAGUCGGCCAGCCCGCGGCCCGCCAGACCUCGAGCGCGUCGAGCACAGCGGUAGACAAACCGGCCCCAAAGGAGUGAGAGACGAUGCGCGCGCUGCUGCUGCCGCGGCAAGACAACGUACGGCGGACGCGAUCAAGUUCACGCGGGCGGAGCAGGAGCGGCGGGCAAUCGUCGCACCAUCGUUUCGGGAGGAGGAGGAGGCGCGGCGCGCGCUCGAGGCCCUUCAAAUGGAGAGCGAGGAUGAGUUUGAGGCGUUGAGGCGGAAACGGAUCGCCGCGUUCAAGAGAAGUACGGUGCGCGAGGUCGAUAGUAGGGGAUAUGUUGGGGCUGUGGAGCGGAGGGGUUGGGUCCUGGUGGCGAUAUAUGAGCCGGACAUGCCGCGCUGCGACGCGCUCCUUGCCGCGUUGCCGACCACGGGCGUCGCGGCCGUCCGGGCGCGUGCUACCCGUAUCGGUUUUUCCCUUCUAUCCGACGACACGCGCGUAGACUACGACUCGGAUGAUGACGAGGUGCGCGCCGACCCCGACGUCCUUCCCACGCUACUUGUGUAUCGCGACGGCGAACUGAAGCACAACUGGGUCCGCGUGGACUUGGAGCCGAUGUAUGCAGCUGGGCUCGGAGCGCUACUUGAGAGUGAGGGGGUCACCGGCCUGCGCGAUGAUGAUGAGGAGGACGAGGAGAGUGACUGA